AUGCCGACGUCUCCAGCCCCGACGCGAUCCCUGAAGAAGUCGGCCUCGAGUCCGGCCCAUGCGUCGGCUGCGUCCCCCGCGGUGUCGCCCACGCGCUCGGCCAAGAAGAAGAAGCAGCAGCAGCAAAGCGGCCACAUCGACCAGCAGCUGCUCGUGCUCGAGCACGACGACGGCAAGCGCCACUCGCGCGAGCUCACGCUGUGUCUGAACGAGUACGCCAAGAAGAUCGAGGACCUGCAGGAGAAGAACCGCCGGCUGGAGGAGGAGCUCGCGUUCGAUGAUCACGUGGCGCGGGACGACCCGUUCUUCAACGAGCUGACGGCCGAGAAGCUGUCCAACCUGUACCUGCAGGGAAACAACUUCAUGAUCCGUCUGGAGCUCGAGCGCAAGGAGGUCGCCAGGCUGAACGCGCUCAUCCAGUCGCACGAGGCCAUCCUCGCCCAGCAGAAGACGAAGCUGUACGAACUCGCGGCGCUGGACCACAACCACGCCAUCAUGCUCGGCCGCGUGCGCAAAAUGGAGCACGACAUCGACCGCCGGCUCGUCAAGAUGAACGAGAAGCUCAACCGCAACCGCCAGCUGCGCGAGGUGAUCGACGCGCACCGAACGGAGCGCGCUCGCAUGGACGAUAUCUUCACCAAGAUCUCCACUGAGACGCUGUCGAAGCGGCAGAAGGUGGCGCGAGUGGGUGAGGAAGUGGAGAAGCUGCGACAGGAGAUCGAGGCCAUUGAGCAGGAGAUCGAAGACGUGCGCCAGGAAGGAGAAGAGUGGGAGAUGAAGUGCGAUCGACGGGCGGCCGUCCUGCUGCAAGAGCUCAAGGAGAUCGCACUGCAUCAGAAGGAUCCAGAGGAGCUUGUUGAUGUGGAGAAGUACAAGUUCUUGGGCGAAAACGACAUCAUGAAGAAUGUGUCGGAGGCGCAUGAAAGCGAGGUGCAGUCGCGUGCCAAGCGCAGCAAAUGGAAAAGCGGCCAGGCCAAGGUCACGUCGGAUACGAUGCUGACCAAGUAUCAAGAGAACCGCACGUAUAUCGAGAAGAUCCACGAAGUCUCGGGAACGAAGACCGUCUCGGAGAUGAUCGACGCCUUCAACAACCAAUAUCCUUUCCCUCGAGAUGCCCACGUGAACCAACUGGCUGAGGAGAUCGAAAACCACCGACAAGUUAGCACCAAGUUGCGCGAGGAGAUCGGGAAAUUGAAGCAGCGCAAAGACUCGGUCGACUUCCAGCGUAUGAACCGAGUUGAAGGUCUACGAUCGAAACUGCAGCACACAAAUGAGCUCAAGAGACUGAAAGAGGACGCAAACCGAGAGAUGCAGACGUUCCUGGAGGCGAUCAAGCCGGCGGUGCUGCUUUUCCACUCCCGAAUCGGGUGCUCAGACGUCCACAGCGAUGGUGGCAUGAAGCAGGUGCUUGGAGACAUCGAAGAGCAGAUCGUCUCAGUGCUGCAAGCCUACCAUGCCAAGGUCGAGUCCACCAAAAAGGAUGAUCCAAUUCCAACUAUCGCCGCCACCAAUCUGUCGCCCCAGCAAUCACCCUCGAAACGUAAGGCUUCCGUUGCCACACGAGUCCGACGCAGCAGUAAUGGAGCACGAGCUGUGGCAGAGCUCAUCAGCGGAGGCGAAUCCGCGCGCGCUGGGUCAGCAGCGUCUUCCUCAGCGAUGGGCAGUCCCAAAGCUACACAGCAAGGUUCCCAGCCCGCUGCUACCGCUGCUGAAGGUAUAAAGUCGCCCAACGCGAAAAACAUCAAGGCUAUGGUGUCAAAACAGCAGCCGUACCGAUACGCGGGUCUGCGACCACCCCACAUGUCCAUGGAGGAGCUACGCAAGAAGGACAACGUGGAAGAGGAGUACCCGCUUACGUACCAUGAGCUGAAGGUCAAAGUGUGGAAUAGCGACACAUCCCAGUAA